AGGGCAGCUGCACUGAUAGUUGAGUGUAAAGAUCUUCAGUCACACACACAUCACAUCUGGAAGUGUGAAGCUGCUCUCAUCCACUCAUCGGCCUUCUGUUACUCCACAGUCAUGUUGAUCUUACUCGCUGCCAUCUUCCUUCUCCACAUCGCCUGCAUCUGUCUGCUGCUGGCCGCCACCAUUCAUAACGCCUGGUGGAUGACCGACACGACGUCCACUGAUAUUUGGUCUCGCUGGAUACUGACUCCUGCUGGAAACUGGAACUACACUGAUAUUCCUGCUUUAUAUCCUAAAGAGUAUCUGCAGGCGGUCCAGGCCAGCUCUGUGCUCGCAUGCAUCUUCUGCAUCCUGGGCCUGUUCGUGUUCGUGGCUCAGCUCUACACACUACCUAAAGGGAAGCGCUUCCUGUUCACCGGAGCAUUCCAGCUGCUGGCCUGGCUGUGCAUCAUGAUCGCGGCCUCCAUCUACACAGAGAUCUUCCAUAAAGACAAGGACCCGGGCUGGUACGGAGCCUCCUUCAUCCUGGCCUGGAUCUCCGUCUGUCUCACCUUCAUCUCCUGCAUCACCUACUUCGUCCUGCGCAAGAAGACGGCGUGAAGAGCACACACAUCAGCAGAUGUUCAAACACUCGCCAGAUGAUGAUCCUCUGAUCUCAGACCUGCUCGCCUCGGCCUCCAGUGUCUCAGAUCAACAUUAUAUAGCUGAAUGUAAUCUUAGUGAGAGUCCGUGUCCAAAUAUGUUAUGGUUUUGUUGUAAAUGUCAUGUUUUCUCAAUAUUUUAAUGCUAGUCAUUGGUGCGGGCUGUUUUACGGUCAUGUGACACGCACGACAAGCCCAGUUUAGCACUGUUACGGAUGAUUAUUAUAAUACACUACCUGACUGUUUGUUUCUGUGUUCAUCAUGUGUCCUGUACUAUCCAUCUGAUCCACCCAUGCUGUCACUGCAAAUAUCAUCACCAUCACAACUUCAAAUAAUGACUUGAUUUGAUUAUGAUCUUGCUCUUUUAAGUUAAAUCACCUCACAAUACAUGUUAACCAACAACGUGCGCUGAGUUGGUAAUCAUCCUUUGUUUUAGUGAUCAAGUCUUGUCAUCACUUAAGAAAUUCUGAAGACAAAAUAUAUUUUUCAAAUAAAUAAAUAAAAGACAUAUAUGCUGAA